CCCUCGUGGCCCCCUUCACCAUUUUGAGUAGUGGCCAAGUAAACGUAAAGUGUGAGACGGUCGGAGCAGCGAAGGUGGAGAUACUCCGAUCGCGUCUCCGGUUCAUUUCGAAAGCUUGGCCAACCUUCAUCUCGUGAGAGUAAGCUUUUGGGUCUGGUUUUGAGAUUUGAACUGGGCCGCCAUGUGUCCUCCACCAGCUGAUAUUGGUGUUUAUUGGACUGAUGAGGAGCUCAUUACGUCUCUGGAGGGAAUGAUACGUGGAUCCCCUCUUCCGGGCAAUGUCCUUGAAGAAAUAAAUCCCUAUUUUCAUGUGCCUGAAAAUUUACCUAAUGACAUUUGGUACUUCAUAUGUUCAGAGGAGAAGAAAGAUAGAGAAAGUGGGUUCUGGAAGGUCAAGGGUGAGGCCUGUCAGGUAUUCACAAAUUCUGCCAUCAUUGGAUGGAGGACAACUCUUGAAUUCUAUGAAGGCCAAGCCCCUCAUGGAAGUAAAACUAAUUGGCUGAUGCAAGAGUAUAGGAUAACUCACAAGGGACCAUGUGAAAACUGCAGGAUAAAGGAAUCUGGUUCAUUGUGCAGAGUUUUUCUUCUUGGUGGACAAAGUAAAAACAGUGAAAAGAACAACCAACGUUCAAACCAUGAAAAGUAUAGCGCUGAUGGUUCUAGUAGAAAUCCAGUGCAACCAUUUGUUUCAGAUGCUAAAAGAAUCAGUGGACAGGGUUUUGAUCACAAUUCCCAGGUGAACUUGGAAGGUUAUGAUUUUGGACCACUGGUUGUGAGUGAAAGACAGCAGAAUAUUCCUGUAGUAAACUUGCCUGAGAGUAAUUAUCUUUCUGAUGGAGACUAUUUGGAAUUGCGAGAUCUUGAAUCGCCUUCAUUCAGUUCAGACAAUUCGAGUUGCUUGACCAUGUCAUCGGAAGAGUGUUUUGAUUCAUUGGCCUUGCUGCAAGACCUAUCGUAUGAAAGUAACCUAGACUCGCAGCAGAAGGAUGCAGGUUGCAAGUUCAGCAUCUCUUCAUCUCAUAGACCAAAUGAGGUUGUCCUGUGUCCAGCCACUUCAGGAUCUCUACACAGUGGUGAAACAAGCAAGUUGCCAACCAAUGAAACUGCACGGAUCGAAUGUUCCCUGCCCGGAUCACCCAUGAAGCAGAAGUUCCAUGGUAAAAUGGUCCCGGUGCCUCAAAUCAAAACACAGAAAGCAGAUCAUAGGAGCAAAAGCCCAUCGUCUGGCAGCCAUACCAGAGCAGCAGCUGGUGGGAAGAAGGAAGGUGGUGUUAGUAGAACGAAAGAGAUUAAAAAGAAAUAUUUGUGCUUCAUGCCAUUCUAAAUCCUAUACACAUCUUUAUUUCACACCUACAGAUGCAUAUAUUCUAAAUCAUGUGCAUGAUUUUUAGGUUAUAUUUGUGAGGAUGAAUUCCAGGCUCGAAUUUGAAUUAGUAUGAAUUUGGAUAAAACUAAAUGUAAUUUUGUAUUACAUUUUUAUCCAAAUUCAUACAAAUCUAAAUUAGAAGUUGGAAUUUUAAGCCCCUAGACAUAAAAUUAGUGUAUUUUGUUUUGAUUACUAAGUUUAUCCCAAUAUCAGCUGGGUUAGGGGGGGUAGCUCGGGCGUGAUCAUUGGAGUCAGGGUGGUGAUGAUUAGGAGACUAACAUUUCAUGGGAAAAAGGGAUAGGAGAUGAGUCACAUUCUUUCUUAAUCCUGUAAAGAUAGGAGGACACCUUGAUCUUCAGGCCAUUUUCCUGCUGUAAAGUUUCCUAUUCUAUUGUAUUGGUAAUGUUACGUCUAUAUUUAUAAUAGAACAUACCACUUUUUGAUUUUAA